AUGCCAAGUAUUCCCAUAGCGAUAGUGGGGAUGAGCUGUCGAUUCUCUGGCGGAGCGUCGAACCCUCAGAAACUUUGGGAUCUUGUGGCUCAAGGACGGUCAGCAUGGUCAAAGAUUCCUGCUUCCCGGUACAAUAGCACGGCCUUUUAUCACCCUCAUCCGGAAAAGCUUGGCACGUCAAACGUGGAGGGGGGAUACUUCCUCGAGGAAGAUGUCAGCUAUUUUGAUCUCUCGUUCUUCAGUUUCUCUGCUGAAGUUGCCGCUUGCAUGGACCCUCAAAUCCGCAUUCAGCUUGAGUUGGUAUAUGAAGCCCUGGAAGAUGCUGGCAUACCAUUGUCAAAGAUUGCGGGAACCAAUACCUCUUGUUUUGCUGGAACUUUCAUCAGGGAUUACCAUGACCUCUUGAUGAGAGAUCCUGCAACCCUGCCUCGACAUUUCACCACUGGUAACUUUACGGCCAUGGUCGCCAACAGGAUCUCCCACUUCUUCGAUCUGCGUGGACCCAGCACCUCAGUUGACACGGGCUGCUCGACAUCUCUCACAGCUUUGCACUUGGCAUGUCAGACAAUCCGCACGGGCGAAUCUGACUGCUCAAUUGUCGGUGGCGCUUGCGUGAUGUCAAAUCCAGAUAUGUUUUGUCAACUUUCAAGCCUCGGAUUCAUCGGCAUAGAUGGUAAAUCGUAUUCUUUUGACCACCGUGCACAGGGUUAUGGUCGUGGAGAGGGUGUCGCCACCUUGGUCUUGAAGAGAUUGGAUGAUGCAAUUAGAGACCGUGACCCAAUAAGAGCGGUGAUUCGAGAAACUGGUCUCAAUCAGGAUGGCAAAACGCCGACCCUGACAUCCCCUUCCGGGGAGGCUCAAGAAUCCUUAAUGAGGGACUGCUAUCGGCGAGCCGGGCUCAAUCCCCUCGAUACAACUUAUGUAGAAACACACGGUACCGGCACGAAGAAAGGUGAUCCUAUUGAAACAACUGCGAUUGGUAAAGUGUUCGGAAGGCCAAGCACUAUCGAACCUCUACUCAUUGGAUCCAUCAAAUCCAACAUCGGACACACAGAGGCUGCCAGUGGGAUAGCAUCCAUAAUCAAAGUAGCUAUGGCGUUCGAAAAUAGACAGAUACCACCUAGUAUCAAUUUUGAGAAACCAAACCCGCUGAUUGAUUUCACCAACCUCGGGAUUCAGCCUGCUCGCAGUCUUGAACCUUGGCCAGAAUGUGAUAUUCGGCGAGCCAGCAUUUCCAACUUUGGCUAUGGAGGUUCCAACACGCAUGUCAUCAUGGAGGAUGCUGCUUACCACAGGGAGGACCCCCCGAUGAGUACGGAGAAAUAUGCCACGCCACGAAAGGUGUUCAUCUUGAGUGCACGUGACAGGGAAGCUGCGAGCACUAUGCGAUCCAAGUUGAAAGACUAUAUACUAGCAGCGGUCGAACGUAGCGAAGAUAUUGAUUUCUCAGAUCUCGCGUAUACUCUAGAUCAACGACGGUCAAAGUUCUCUUGGACAACAGCCAUCACUGCUGGGACUGUAGGCGAGCUCAUCGAUGGACUCAAGGACGCUACUCUCAAACCUUCAAGCGUGCUCUCGAAACCCCGGGUUGGCUUCGUCUUUAACGGACAGGGUGCCCAAUGGCAUGCUAUGGGCAGAGAGCUGAUGCAGACCUAUCCAGUCUACACUGAAACGCUACAAGAAGCAGACGCUGUCAUUAAGAGCUUUGGCUCAACUUGGUCUGUUGUAGGGGAGCUCUCCAAAGAAUCUGAUCAUACGCGGGUCAAUGAAGUCACCUUCAGCUUCCCACUGUCCUGUGUGGUCCAGCUAGCUCUUGUCCGUCUUCUAUCUUCCUGGGGCAUCAAACCGUCUGCAGUUACUGGUCAUUCCAGCGGCGAGGUCGCGGCAGCCUUUGCAGCCGGAGCCUUGAGUUUCAAGGAGGCUAUCGCAGUCACUUACUUCAGAGGUCUACUAACGGAUCAGUAUGUCGUCAAGGCCAAGAGUCAAGGUGGUAUGCUUGCUGUCGGUCUAGGCGCCGCAGAAGUCAACGAAUACCUUGGUAAGCCAUUGCCUGGAAAGGUCGUUGUAGCCUGCGAGAACAGUCCGUCGAGUGUGACGCUGUCUGGUGAUGUGAGUGCUAUCGAUGCGCUGGAGGUCUUAUUUCGCGAUCGGAAGAUAUUUGCGCGAAAAUUGAAGGUCGCAGCCGCCUAUCACAGCCAUCAUAUGCUCCCAAUCGCAGAGGGCUACCAUGCUGCACUCUCAGAAAAUAUGGACUUAAAAGGAUCAUUCGGUGAUGUUCUCUUCUCCUCGCCAGUGUCCGGCUCGUGGAUCUCAGAUGUCGAGUCUCUGGGACCUUCACACUGGGUCGAAAACAUGAUGAGGCCAGUGCUAUUCACUCAAUCACUCUCAAACAUGAUCGCUGGUCUCACAGAAUCCAACCCCUUAGGGCAGAACGUAGAUUUUUUAGUCGAGAUUGGUCCUCAUGGAGCACUUAGCGGCCCAAUCCGACAGAACAUCACACAUGCUAACCUCAAGCACCUCAAGUUAGAUUAUGGGUCAUGUCUGACCAGAGGACAGGAUGCUGUUAGCACAAUUCAGCAGCUAGCCGCGCUCCUCGUAUGCAGAGGAUACCCUGUGGACUUGGCCAACGUCAACUUUCCAAAGGGUUUACACGGUCUGAAAGCCCUGCCUAGUCUUCCAUCGUAUCCUUGGAACCACACCACUAAGUUCUGGGCCGAGCCUCGUGUAAGUCGAGAGCAUAGGUUCAGAAAACAUGCUUCGCACGACCUGCUCGGCGUCCGGGUCCCCGGUGCUAACCCGUUCUCUCCUUCAUGGCGGCACAUUAUCCGAACAGGUGAUAUUCCCUGGGUACGCGAUCACGAAGUGCAGUCGAAUAUCGUUUAUCCGGGCGCUGGAUGUAUCGCAAUGGCCAUUGAAGCCAUGCGUCAGCUGUCUUUGGAUGAGGGCAAGACCAUUACUGGCUACAAUCUUCGUGAUAUACAAAUCACCAGGGCGCUAGUGAUUCCUGACACGCCUGAAGGGAUCGAAGUGCAGCUAACACUCUCGGCACCAGACGACAAAGCCUUGAUGGGGGAUUGGCGCAAUUUCCAUGUCUACUCCGCGCUCUCCAAUGGCGAGUGGGCCGAGAAUUGCAGCGGAUACAUCGCCGUCGCGGUAGAGCAUGUGCGCAAUUCUAUCAACAACAUCCCUCCUGAAGCAUCAAAAGGCCAUCUCACAAGCUCUGUGGAGCCUAGUGCUCUAUUUAAAAAAUUACACCAGGCUGGCGUACGUCAUGGUCCUUCGUUCCAGAACCUUAUGACAAUUGAAGUCGGACAUAGCAAGUCGAGGGCAACAUUCAAAGUACCUGAUACAGCAUCCCUGAUGCCAUCGAACUAUCAAAGCCGUCAUGUGAUACAUCCUAUCACUUUAGACGCCGUGUUCCAGGUCGCUUAUUCCACUUUGACCGUGGAGCAGCAAGAUAGGGUCGGGGCUGCGGUACCAAGAUCUAUCACAACAAUGUACAUCUCGGAAGAGAUCAACAGUAAUCCCGGUGAUGUACUUAUAGCUUGCUCAGAUCUCUUGCAUGUAGAUCGUCAGGGAUUUGAAACAAGUAUACUGGUGACAGGCACAGAUUCAGUGGCACCACUUCUGCAGAUAGGCGAUAUGCACUACCGCAGUCUCGGGUUGAGUCUUGAGUCCCAAGAUGAAGAAGAGGUAGACCUUUGCUUGACAGUCAACUGGGUCCCUAGUCUCGAUCAUGGCGAUCUGCAAGAGCUGCAUGGGACGUUGUCAUAUGCAGUCGAUAUCGACGAGAAGAUUAUAGGAGAAGACUUGACUCGAGCGACUUAUCACUUCAUUCAUGACACUAUCAAUGCCCUGAGCGAUGAAGAUAUCUCCGGCCUAAAGUCCCAUCACGCAACAUGGCUGGAUUGGAUGCGCCGUAUCGAAGCGCAAGCUAUGAACAAUGAGCUUGCUCCUAAAAGCUCUAAAUGGCCCGAAACCAGCGAUGGUGUCAAACAGAUGCUCUACGACCGAGUUGCUUCUCACAGCGUCAAUGGGCAGAUGCUUGUACGUCUUGGGAAGCAUUUCGUCAAUAUCAUGCGCAACAAAGUCGAACCUUUGGAGAUCAUGAUGGAGGGCCAACUGUUAUACAAAUUUUAUCGUGAGAUGUUACAUUUUACUCGGUCCAUCCUGCAAGCUGUGGAGCUACUAAAAGUCUAUUCUCGGCAGCAUCCCUGUGCCAAUAUCCUGGAGAUAGGCGCCGGAACCGGGUCAUGUACAGGACCUGCCUUAUACGCUCUUGGUGGCAAUACGGAUAACUCGAAACCUCAAUUCGCACAUUACGAAUUUACAGAUAUUUCCUCUGGGUUCUUCGGUGAGGCAAGAAAGAACUUUGCUGCCUGGGGCGAUCUUGUCACUUACCGGACGCUUGACAUCGAAAAGAGCCCUGAAGAACAAUCCUUCCAGCUUGCGACGUACGAUGUUAUCAUAGCAUGCCUGGUCUUGCAUGCAACAAAAGAUAUUGACAAUACGAUGAGGAAUGUCAGAAGUCUACUCAAACCUGGUGGCAAGUUGAUUCUUGUUGAGACUACACAAGACUCAAUCGACGUAAAUAUGAUAUUCGGCUCACUGCCUGGCUGGUGGCUCAGUCAGGAGUCGGAGCGAAAGCAUAGCCCCAACCUUAAUCUUGACAUGUGGAAAGACGUACUCCCGCGAACGGGCUUUUCCGGAAUUGACUUCGAUGUUUGGGACUGCGAAGAUGCCAAGCAUCGAUCAAUGAGCGUUAUACUAUCCACGGCAGUCCCGGAGAACGUUGUUCAAUUCCCGACGAAGAUCUCUCUGAUACACAGUGACGAUACUCCGCCUGAAGCUUGGCUACGGACACUCUGUGACGCUUUCCAGAAGGUAACGGGUAGUGUGCCCAUGAUAGAACGGCUGGAGGACUUGAGAUCUGACGGUAAAGCUUGUGUGUUUGUCACUGAGAUGUCUACGCCCACCUUGAGUAAGAUGAAUGAGACUCAAUUUGAGGCUAUCAAGGGCAUGGUUGGAAAUUCUAAGGGCUUACUCUGGGUCACAAGGGGCGCGACCGGAGGUUGUGUCAAUCCAGAGCUGAGUUUACACUCUGGACUACUACGUGUGAGAAGGGUCGAGGAUGCAGCGAAGAAGUACAUCUCCCUCGAUCUCGACCCGUCAGAGGAAACCUUUACAGUCGCCAACGCACACCAUAUCGCGAGCAUUUUCAGGCACACUUUUGAUGAAAGUCGCGCCGGUGACGAGAUAGAGACCGAGUAUGCAACCAGGGCGUCACGUGUACUCAUACCUCGUGUUCGCUUCAGCCGCCCCGAAAGUGAAGACGCGCUCAAUCCAAAGGAUCGCCCGGCUGAGCUACAGCCCUUCCAGCGACCUGACCGUAGAUUACGCAUGUUCGUAGACACGCCUGGUUCUCUGGACAGUAUCUUGUUCAAGACUGAUCCUCAAGACGAUGAUUAUCUGCCCUGCAACUUCGUUGAGAUCGAAGGCAAGGCAUUUGGCCUCAAUUUCCGUGAUGUCAUGGUAGCGAUGGGGCAGCUGAAGGAGAAGAACAUGGGCUUCGAAUGUGGCGGCGUUAUCACUCGAGUCGGCUCUGCAGUCUCAGACUUCGAGGUCGGCGACCGCGUCUGCGCUCUUACGGCUCAUGGUCACUGGGCCAGUCGAAGUCGUGUUCCAUCAACCUCUUGUGCUCGGAUCCCCCCUUCGAUGAGCUUUGAAACUGCAGCCUCCAUUCCCAUGGUCUUCCUUACGGCGUAUUAUUCACUGUUCGAGGCUGGACGGCUAGAGAGAGGUGAAUCGGUUCUGAUACAUGCCGCUUCUGGUGGUGUUGGUCAAGCUGCUAUCAUGCUCGCUUCAUUGAAGGGUGCAGAAAUAUUUGCUACUGUUUCGACAAAAGAGAAGCGCGAAUUCCUUAAGCAUACGUACCAUUUGGAUGACGAUCACAUAUUUUCAAGUCGUACUGCUUCGUUCGCGACGGACCUCAAGGUGGCGACUGGUGGAAGGGGUGUCGACAUCGUCCUCAACUCUCUCGCCGCCCCAUAUGGCCGUUUCAUUGAGCUUGGCAAAAGGGAUAUCCAGUCGAACAAACGACUAGAGAUGCAGCCAUUCGGCACCGCAGUUUCUUUUGUGGCAUUCGACCUGAUACACCUAAGCGACUACAGACCCGCAGUCGUUUCUCGCAUGCUGAAUCAUAUCCUGCAGCUUCUAGGAGAAGGACUGAUAACCACAAUCUCACCAAUUAAAGUGUCCCCUAUCUCGGACAUCGUCCGCGCGUUUCGUACGAUGCAGGCUGGUAAGCACGUCGGAAAGAUUGUGCUCCGUGUUGGAGAGGAAGAUGUAGUAUCGGCAGUGCCAGAUUGCAAGCAUACACGGUUGUCACCGGAUGUAACCUACCUUCUCGUCGGGGGUGUCGGAGGCAUUGGUCGUUCACUGGCCCGCUGGUUCGUGGCCCAUGGAGCGCGCUACCUUCUUCUGCUAUCGCGCAAUGCUGCUUCUAGAUCCGAGUCUGAGCAGCUCAUCGAAUCACUCAAGGCCGAUGGCUGUAUAGUCUUGGUCAAGAACUGCGAUAUCGCGGAUAAAGAAAGCCUUGCCACUGUUGUGCGGGACUGUGGUACAGUUCUUCCUCCUAUCAAAGGACUUGUACAGGGAGCAAUGGUCCUUCAGGAUUCUAUAUGGGAACGAAUGACCUUUGCGAAGUGGCGGGCGGCAGUCUCCCCGAAAGUGGCUGGUUCGUAUAACCUGCACGCCCAGUUUGCGGACUCUCUCGACUUCUUCAUCAUGCUCUCCUCAGUUGCCGGUUUCAUUGGGAAUGCGAGUCAGGCGAAUUAUGCGGCUGGUAAUACCUACCAAGAUGCUCUUGCCCGCCACCGCACCUCGUUGAACCUUCCUGCGGUAUCCAUCGACCUCGGUCUGGUCAAGGAGAUUGGCUACGUAUCCGAAAAUAAAGAGCUAGGCGAGCGCCUCCUCAGGGACGGUCACCGCGCCCUCGAAGAGAAGGAGGUCCUUGACCUUGUUUCAGCUGCUAUACGUAAUCCAUACCGCGCUCUCAACGCAAGUCAAAUCAUUACUGGCCUUCUUCCAAUCGCCGUGCCGCAGCAGACUCAAACUGGGUGGCGCGCCGAUCCACGUUUUGUUGGUCUGAAGCAGCAGGCACGUUCCAAAAGUGGUAUGUGCCAGGGCUAUAAUACUGCCACGGGUACCAUCACGCUUAGUCUGAAGGACCAGAUAGGCGGGGCCGAAUCAGAGAUUGAUGCGGUGAAUGUCCUCACGCGUGCUAUCGUGGCGAAGCUCGCAGAGAUGUUUCUGAUCCCAGAGGUAGAUAUAGAUGUUUCGUUGCCUCUGGCGAAGUACGGCGUGGACUCACUAGUGGCGGUGGAGAUGCGGAAUUGGCUGGUUGCGGCUACACGGUGUGAGGUAUCGAUCUUCGACAUCCUGGGAUGUAGUAGCCUGAGAGAAUUGGCUGGGAAGGUUUCCGGGAGCUUCUACUAG